UCUUCGCCGGGGCUUUUACGCUGCAAGCUUGGGGAAGGCUCGGCGGUGGAGACGGCCGAGAUGUAGGGUCUUUACCCAUCUAGGCUGCGGUGAACUGCUUGCUGUAGGAGGAGCACAGCGCCUUGUCCGGGACAAGCAGGCCGGCAGCGCUUUGCUCCCUCAGAUGUCGUCACCUAACUCUGCUUCCAGCAGCCUUUGAAACCACCAGUCAACUUCCUCAUCUUCUGCUCCAUGGGGCAGCUGCUCAAGAUGAAGAGCGGAGCGGGGCUCAGGCUGAGCUGCCUUAUCCCGUGGGUCUGAGCGCCCACCCCCGCCGCCGCCGCGGCCCCUUGUGCUUCGGCAAUGAGCGCUCGGUGACUUCGACUCGUGGACCCGGGACUUCGGGAGGCAAUGCUGGUUCGGCUUUGAGUGCCUUGGGGACAGCGAGUAAACCCUAAAAUGGAGGACUUUUCUACCAGGACCUACGGCACCAGUGGCCUGGACAACAGACCUCUGUUCGGAGAGACGUCGGCCAAGGAUCGAAUCAUCAAUUUAGUUGUCGGCAGCUUAACAUCCUUAUUGAUUCUAGUAACGCUGAUCAGUGCUUUUGUUUUCCCUCAACUACCUCCAAAACCACUGAAUAUAUUUUUUGCGGUCUGCAUCUCUUUGAGUAGUAUUACUGCCUGCAUACUUAUUUACUGGUAUCGACAAGGAGACUUAGAACCGAAAUUUAGAAACCUAAUUUACUAUAUCUUAUUUUCUAUCAUCAUGUUAUGUAUAUGUGCAAAUUUGUAUUUCCAUGAUGUGGGAAAGUGAGGCUGCCAAGGAGAAAUACUUACCAGGUCUCUUCAGAGCUCUAUAUUUGGACUUGACUAAGAGCUGGAUAAGGUAUGCUGAAGAAUCUCUUGCAGAAGCCUGACACAUGAUUUUCAUGUUAACUGUAAAUCUAAAUCCCCUCUUGCAGGGGAAACAUAUCCUAGAUCAACUUGCUUUUUCUUUAAGGAGCUGGUGUUGCAUUUAAACAUUCCCCCUUAAAGCUCGAAUGGCACAAGUCAUUUUCACUUUUGAAAUUAAAACUUUUUAUAAUGUAAUUGCAUGGCGAAAGGCUAUGUAACAAACAAUCUUGCAUUUUAAGACAAAUAUUAUUUUAUUUCUGUUAAAUUGAAUAUACAAUUAUUGUUCCCUAGGCAACCACUUUUGCUUAUAACUACAAUUUAAUUUCACAUUAACAAAACACAGACGGUGAAAAGACAACUUUGAUUGUGUAGAUCUAAUUACAAUAAUAAAUAAAAUAAUUUAUACAA